AUGGCAGACAGCGGCAAGAUGUUGGAGGUUGCUGCUCACUCCCGGGUCGUGCCCGUUCAGACUCCCGCGCAGUCAAAGCCGAAGCAGCUGCAUUACCCGUUUUGGUUUGGGGGUUCGGCCUCAUGCUUUGCUGCGUCCGUGACGCACCCGUUAGAUUUAGGUAUGCUCUUACCCCCUCAAUUACGUACUACUCGCGCGCCCGAUGCGCCGAAGACUAUGGUCGGGACGUUUGUACACAUCCUGAAGAACAAUGGCUUCACAGGGUUAUAUAGUGGUUUGUCAGCCGCGAUGCUACGUCAAAUCACAUACUCCACAACGCGUUUCGGUAUCUACGAAGAAUUGAAGUCGCGCGUUGCUUCCACCUCAGACCUCGCCGGCGCACCAAGCCUGGUUACCCUCAUUGGCAUGGCCUCCGCCUCAGGAUUCAUCGGCGGCAUAGCAGGCAACCCAGCUGAUGUGAUGAACGUCCGCAUGCAACACGAUGCAUCCCUCCCUCCCGCCCAGCGACGCAACUACCGAAACGCAAUCCAGGGAAUCAUCCAAAUGACCAGGACAGAGGGAUUCAGUUCUCUCUUCCGCGGAGUGUGGCCUAACUCCACCCGCGCAAUCCUCAUGACUGCCUCGCAGCUCGCUUCUUACGAUACAUUCAAGCGCAUGUGUAUUGAGAAGGUCGGCAUGGCGGAUAAUCUGGGCACACACUUCACAGCCUCGUUCAUGGCUGGGUUCGUUGCUACGACUGUCUGCAGCCCCGUGGACGUGAUCAAGACUCGCAUUAUGACGGCUUCUCAUGCAGAGGGCGGUGGUCAGACCAUUGUUGGUCUUCUGCGUGAUAUCUGCCGCAAGGAAGGCCUGGGAUGGACUUUCCGUGGCUGGGUGCCAAGCUUCAUCCGUCUUGGUCCCCAUACCAUUGCUACUUUUCUCUUCCUCGAGGAGCACAAGAAGCUCUACCGCAAGCUGAAAGGCAUUUGA